AUGACGACCCAUCCGGACACAAUAGACGGUGUCGAAGCAAGAGAUGAGCCUAACGGGGAGAAUGUGAGCACCGUAGGUGCAACUGACGAGACGGGGAAGAAACGGCCCACCACCCGUUCGCAAACGGGGACAGGCGUGAAAGCGCCUGCAAGAGACGAUAGUGAUGUGUCGUCUGCCCCGAAGCAGGGCAAAACCAAGGCGAAAACGAGCAAGAAACGAACAGUGGAGCAACUCGAUGAUGAGCCUGGAAAACAGUCACGCGAAAGUGCACCCAUUACCCCCGCGGCUCAGGAGAUCGCAGCGACAAUCGCAUCCGACCCUAUACCCCAGCCAACCCCACACCCUCCACCAUCUCACUCGGUUUUCAUCGAUGCUCGGCCUCACAAUGUCGGUCUGACUCCUGUCUUCGGCCUGGAGCCGCCCAAUAACCGCAGCCGUGUUGUUCUGCCUACACCAGUCCCCAAUCUUACCAAGAAGAGCCGUGGUCGACGAGUUCCCGCCGUCGGGGCCAAUGGAAGCGCUGCUGCCAGUAGUAUGCCCGCUGAAGAACUCGGUUUUCGAGAGAUGGAAACGCGCUUGCAUGUUUGCAAGGUCGAUGGGUGUGGGAAGUGUUUUAGACGAGGUGAACAUUUAAAAAGGCACAUUCGCAGUAUUCACACCCACGAUAAACCUUUUCCUUGUACCUUCACGGGCUGCGAAAAGUACUUCAAUCGACACGACAACCUUUUGCAGCAUCUAAAGGUUCACCAGCCGCGGGAACUUGCUGCAGAUAAACCGGCGGAUGAAGGUAUCGAGCCUGAAGAAGAAGACGAGACCCCGCCAGCUGCCGUAACGAGUUUAAGUCGGCCUAACAAACGCCGUCGCAUGGCCAAGCAGUCCUCGUUGUCGCUUUCGCAUUCAUCGCGUUCUUCUCCUGAAUCCGAACCUGCGCCGGUGUCCGCGCCAGUAUCGGCGCUGGCCAAGGCCAUCUACUCGCAACAGCUGCGGUACCGUGGGGCCGUUGGCUAUCAGAGCAUGGGGGAUUCAGAUGAUGACGCCGAAGAGGGCAGCGGGCAAAGGGCAAGCAAAUAUAACGAGUCGCUGGAGCGUGGGAUGUCGGAUUUGAGAACUAGUGUGUCAAGUGGGGAUCGACAAUAA